AUGGGAAAGCCUAAAGCCCUGCUCUUGGGCAAACUGGACCACGCGCACGACGCAUGGUUCGCGGUAUCGGAAGUCGCCGAGCUCACCACCACCCAGGCCACCAACCGAGCUGAAUUCCUUGAGGAGUUGGCGAGCGGCAAGCACGAUGGCGUGGUGGCCAUCUGUGACCGAGCGCCACCCAGCAUCGCCCAGACAGGAAAAUGGGACGAGGAGCUGCUCGACGCCUUGCCCGAGAGCGUGAGAUUCAACGCCCACAUGGGCGCCGGCUAUGACAGCCUCGACAUCCAGGCCUGUACGGCACGGGGCAUCUUCGUGUCCAACUGUCCCAAGGUCUUCGACCAAGCCACUGCCGAUUGUGCCAUGUUUCUGAUCCUGGGGACCCUCCGUGGCUUCAACAACGGCAUCAUGGCCAUCCGCAACGGUACCUGGAAAGGGACCGUCCCGCCCCCGCCGCUCGGCCACGAUCCGCAGGGCAAGGUCCUGGGCAUCCUCGGCUUGGGGAGAAUCGGCCUGGACAUCAAGAAAAAGGCCGAGGUGUUCGGCAUGAAGGUCAUCUACCACAACCGAAACAAGCUGGCUGACGACCAGGCCAAAGGAGCCGAGUAUGUCAGCUUCGACGAUCUGCUCGCCAAAAGUGACGUCCUCAGCUUGAACCUUCCUCUCACCUCUAAGACGCGAAACAUUAUCUCCACCAAAGAGUUUGCCAAGAUGAAGGAAGGCAUCAUUAUUGUCAACACCGCCAGAGGAGGCAUCAUGGAUGAAGACGCCCUGGUUGACGCCUUGGAUUCGGGACGGGUUCUUUCGGUCGGACUCGACGUGUAUCAGCAGGAGCCGAAUAUCCAUCCGGGCUUGGUCGCUAAUCCGCAUAUUUGCUUGCUUCCCCAUAUGGGCACAUCGACGGUCGAGACCAAGACAAGGAUGGAGGAGUGGACAAUCGGCAACGUUCGGUCGGCGCUGGAGACUGGCAGGUUGAAGAGCUCGGUGCCCGAGCAGGUGCAUCUGCUGGCGAGCAGUCCGAAAAUCUGA